AUGGCCCGGUUUUCUGUAGAGAUUACAUGCCGGAACUGUCGCGGUCGCCUUUGGCGAUCUGAGCAGGAAGUUGUUGCGGCCACGCAGCCAGGUGAUGAUGAGAUUAAUUCUCUCAAGGCUCGGCAAAGCAGGCGUCAAUCCUGUACGUGCAACGCGAACGGUCUUGCUGGAGAAAUCCAGGAACAAGGCAUCAGUCCAUUGUUUGAUGAUAGGGCCGAAGAGGCUAUCGUUUACUCGCCGGAAUUACAAGCCGAGUUACCAACGCGUCAAGACCGUCCUGAUCGCGUAUAUGGGCUUCGGGUUACCGAGAGGCUGUCCCGACUGUUGCAAUCAGCGGGUACUGUCAGAAACAGUCCGUUUAGGGUUGAUGGCGACCCUCUUGUUUUCCCGUUCCUUGUGAUUGAAGCAAAAUCGGAAAAGGGCAGUGAUGCCUUUACCGACACUCAGGCUCAAACUGCUUUCGCUAUCAGAGAAAUGCUUUCUAUACAACACCAGUUAGCCGAGGCUGCUGAAAAAGAUGGAGAGUGGGACUCCGGCCCGCUCGUCUGGUUUUUGUCUUAUAAAGGUGAGCAGUGGAGGGCAUCUGCUGCAUAUAUCCAUACUACCAAGGGAAAGACGUCUUAUCGCGUUGUUCGUCUUUGGAGUGGCGGCGUUGACUCACUCGAUAACGCGCUGCAACUUCUUCUAAUAGUCGAUUAUAUGGCAGAUUGGGCUCGAGAUAUUUAUCGUGAAGGAAUCACCCGCAGCCUGCAGAAGAUUGCUCUCGCCGAUACCCAAAGCUUAGCUCACGAUACCGACAUCUUCUCUCUUGUAGGAAACGUUAAGAACUGGGAUUGUGGCACCCGCGAAAUGAGUGUACUUGGGGUCAGCCAACCAACCGAGGACCCUCUCCAGAGUUUCGACUGCGAAUACGCAUAUCUUAGAGAUUCCAGAUUUAUAACUACGAAGAUCGUUGGUCUCCUGAUCACUGAAAGCAACGUUGAUGAGUUCCUCGGUACCGCUGAGUCUAACAACGAUUUGAAAAAGCUUAUUGAUUCGCUGUUCUUAUGUAUGGAGCAGCCUAUUCGAGUCCAAGGGCACAUGUUGGAUGAACUGGAGUUUCUCUGGACAGAAACUGAGCGACGUUUCUUAGGACUGGCCCACCCAGACGAGAUCUUCUAUGUGGUUGUUACCUCGUCAUUCUACCUAACCACUAACUGGGAACAGACAAGAGAAUUGAACUAUCUCGCUGUUUCAGAGGCUCUUGUCAAAGACCUUGCCAAGAUAGGCGAUGUAAAGAUUCCUUCCCAACAUAUUGAACAGGCUCCUUUGGUCACCUCUCUCGCUGCAUUCAGAUGGCUGUUGCAAAGAACUGACAGAUACAACCUCGCUGCUUGUCUAUCAAGACUAUGUGUGGUCACUGGAACUAGGUGUCUUGACGAAAGAGGGCAUAGGAAAUGGGCAGAUCUUCCUACCGCAGCGGAAAGGUCUGGGUCGGUUGAUGAAAUCCCUUUGAUCAAACUUUGUCCACGCCCUCACGCACGAGACUUCGUAACCGGCAUCUACUUGAAGUACCAAGUUGGUAGAAACGAGCCAUCAUCAUCAAUUUUCAGACUAUCCACGGCAAUGGACAUUGUGUCUAGGACAGAGCAGCCUCCCCUAAGUGCCAGACCCUCUAUGGAGCCUGAGUGGCUAUGGAGACAGUGCGCGGGCUCAUCGUUUAUACACACCCGGAAUCAAACCCUGCUUCACGCUGUGUUGGAUUCGAUUCACCCUGGUUUCUCAACGCAAACGGUCUGUGUCUUUAUACUAGACACAGUUGCCGUUGAGCGUGGGAUAAGGCCAGACUCACUCCUCACGCCCCCAGAGUAUCAUGUUUCCGCCAAGCCCUACAAUCCAAAGAAUGCCUCCAGGCGGGGUUGGAAUUUCCAAUCCUUUGUCAAGCCCGGUGCAACUGAAGCUUUGAUAGAAUGCCUCCGUUUCUGGCGUAUACACCUGGAAAAUUGCCGCAUCUCCGUCAGAGGUUUACCGAUGAAAAAGUGGGAGAUCUUGAUGCUAGGUUGGAAAGUACCCUCCGUGACUAGCGAUGAGUCUCAAGUUACACCAGCGAGGCCUUUCAGCAGACUACCAUAUCAAGUAUCCCUCAAGGCGAGAUUACUAGGUCAAAGCGUGGAGGAGGUGUUGGUCAACAUGGUGCAAAGCGCUGUCGCUGCAGAUGAGGGAGAAUCGAGUACAGAUCGUGGUCACAAAAGGCCUAUAGGGGUUGUGGAAGAGAUUGACCUGACUGAAGAAGCGGCCCACUCUUCUCAACAAGCUCUGCAUCAACAAUCUUGGAUUAGGAAAUACUCUACAGACUUCCUUCCCGAUGAGGAGGUGGAGAAUAUGUUAAGAGCAGGAAAAUUUACAUAA